GCGUUGCCUGCCUCCCUGCCUGCUCACCCAGUCUCUCCACUGCUGCAUUAGCAGGAGAGAUGCAGACCGAUACCUAGUCUGUCUUUGCACACGUGUUGAACAGCGCAGCAUCGGCAGCUGUAGAGGCGCUCCAGAAGCGCUGCCUCUGCUACUACUGCUACUGUUCUGACUACUGCUGUUACCGGUGUGUGUAACCGCGUGUGCGUGUGCGCGGGGCUCUCUGUGUUCGUGAUAUACGGUCCCGUGUGCAGUGUGCGGGUAAAGAAACCGGCGUUAAAAAAACGAGAGCUUCGUGAUAGACAGAUGUGUGCUUCAUGACCGUGUCUGUCGUAGUUGUAGUAGUAGUACUACAGCCUAUACGGACGUACUACGUACGCGUCUCACUACCUGCUCAAGCUUGGAUCGGCGAGUCGUCAUCACCCGGUUCUCUUUCGUAGUAACGAACGUAGAGGAACUACGUGUGAUUCGCGGCCAAGCAACCAGGAUGCUGCGUAGAUGAGGUCGGCGCCCCCUGGUGACUGACACACACACUAGCAGCAUGAGUGUGCUACAGUGCUGCGUGCUGACGCUAGCUGUCGUGCUGUGCGCACUCACUGACCAGCUGCUGGGAGCUACGAUGGACAGCCUGCUGUACAAGCCACGGGUCGUCGAGCUGUCUCCGCGCUGCGUCACCGUCAGCUGGGACCCCCUCGCAUUCGUCGAAGCCCGCAACAGCACCUUGCUAGGUUACAGAGCAAAGUACCAGCUGAUCGAGAAAAACACGAAGCCUAAGCUGAGGGAGACGUCGUCGUCGCCGACGCGGGAUGAGGAUGAGGAGCGCGAGCGGGAUGCUGCCGACAUCAUCAGCCGGCCGAAGCGCGCCAAGAGCGAUGCUGGCGGUAACAACAACAAUGACGGCAAGCGGCGGAGGAACAAGAAGAAGAAGUCGAAGAAGAAAAAGAAUAAGAAUAAGAACAGGAACGAUGCGUCGGCGGCGGCGGCGGGAGGAAAGCGUCGGAGGGUGGGGUGGACGAUGGACGACGAGUGUAGCGGUGGAGCGGAGAUCAACAGCUGUCACGUCUGUAACCUCACCGCCGACCACAAGUACAAGUUUCGUGUGGAGGCUAACUACCAGACGGGCAUGCGUGUGCAGAGUGAGAGCUCAACUUCCCUCGUCGUUGGCCUGCCGCCUGAGCAGCCCUACAUCACGGCUAUCACGCCCGUCGACCACGAGACCCUGGAAAUCACGUGGCAGCUGAACGUCGGUCACCGCAUGCCUCCGCACGGCUUUACCAUCCACCACCGCGAGUACGGCUCCAGCGGCGACUACGUGACGACGCGGGUAGAGGGCGCUGACGGGCGGCGGCGCGAGCUCGACGGUCUCGCGCCGCUCACCGACUACGAGGUCUACGUGGCAGCGUACAGCGCGAACGGGGAGAGCAGUCCCAGCAACCCGCGCUACGGGCAGACUACCGUGGGGCUGCUGCCGGAAUCUGAUGAAGCCAUUGGCAGCAGCACGGAAGAGAGCACGCGUCUGCUCAUCAUCAUCCUCGGCACCGUGCUCGGCGGUCUCAUCCUCCUCCUCCUCAUCUUCAUCGUUCUGUGCGCAUGGAAGCAGCGCCAGCAACGACAGAUCAUCAUGGUGAUGGACGAGAAGAUACGGAGCAAGUACGCGGACACGUCGCUGCAAACGUACAUGGAGCGUGCCGUGAGCAAGACAAACGGACCCUUCCCCAACGGACAGCUACAGCAGGUAAGCAUGUCUGCCAAUAGGUGGCGCUCCGAUAACAUGACGCGCAUGAGAAUGCUCGAUCGAGAAUCUAAAUUUGGAUAAAUGAAUUGAGUAUAAACUCAAAAGCACUAAAAUAGCAGUAAAAUUUUCAGUGUUUAGAUAUGAAAUAGUAACGAUACACUAUUGUAUAUAAUGGUUGCAUAUAAUGAUUCUACCUAAUGAUCGUACUUUGUGAUUGUAUGUAGCUAUUAUGCAUAUAAUGACGGGCUGAGAUCUCGCUUCUUCCCCCCUGCAUCUAACGGUCAUACGGUGAAACCAUACGUAACAACUAUAUGUUGCAAUCAUACGUUACGAUCGUGCAUAAAGAUCAUACGUAUCAACCAUACGAACGUCGCUGUAUGUAGCAACUAUACGUCCAACAUCGUACAUAUCAGCCAUGCAUAACGACCACACAUAACAACCGUAUAAAACAGCUAUACUUAAUGAUUGUAUGUAACAACCAUACAUACAUAAUCAUACUUAACAGCCAUACAUACGUCACCAUGCAUAGAGAGCGUACGUAACAAGCAUACAUACGUCACCAUGCAUAGAGAGCGUACGUAACAAGCAUACAUACGUCACCAUGCAUAG